GGACUGGGGCUCUGACAUUCCAGUGACACCAGGCAUCAUUUUUGCACUGGACUCCUAUGUCCAGUUCCCAGUACUGGUCUCUUCAAACUCUUUGCUGGAUUCUGGAUUUUUCCCUUUUUUCUGAACCCCUGACUAAGUUGCUGCACUGAGUGAAAACAGUGAACAGAGGUGGCAGAAUGUCUUUGCCCUUCUACCAAAAACGCCAUCAACAUUAUGACCGUGGUUAUCGCAGCACCGAAUUAGAGUCGACCUUAAGCCAGUACCAGCAUGAAGAGAAGCGCCACUCUGCUGCCCACAGCAGCCAUCUUGGAAUCCAAUCAUAUAAGACGACAGAAGAUAAAUCACUCAAGAUGAGUCCUAGAGCAAAACGAUCUAAGCGCUAUGCACUAGAUAAAGAGAAUGAUGUUACAGACUACGUGGUUCCUGUGUUCAGGGGACGACACGAGUAUGUAAGUGGAAUUACAGAUACAGAGGAAGAAAGGAUCAAAGAGUCAGCCGGAUAUGUCGCUCGAAGAAACCUUUUUGCUGCUGAAGAAGGAAUUAGUGUAUCCAAAAAAGCUUCUUCUUCUUCUUCUUCAUCAUUGUCAUCUGCACAUUCUGAGGCCUACUAUAAGAAAUCCAGAAAUGUCUCCAUACGAGAAAAAGCAGAACUCCUCUCUCUCAAGAAAACGCUAGAAGACACUCAAGAGUUUCACAAAAAGAUAAACGAGGACACACUACUACAUGCUCCUGUCUUCAUCAUUAAGCCUCGCUCUCACACCAUCUGGGAGACACAGAGUGUAAAGUUUCAUUGCACAGUGAGUGGAUGGCCAGAGCCACGAGUCACAUGGUAUAAGAAUAAUGUUCCUAUUAACGAUCAAGCUUAUCCUGAUAAAUACAAGAUUGAAAGUGAAUAUGGUCUUCAUUCACUGGAGAUAUAUAACUGUGACUUUGAGGAUACAGCUCAGUACCAUGCAUCAGCAAUGAAUGUGAAAGGAGAGAAUUCUUCAUUUACUUCUCUUGUUGUGAAAAGAUAUAAAGGAGACUUAGAUUUGACACCUUUAACUACUUCAAAAAGUGAACCGUUCAGCUUUGCCAUCUCUCCAUAUGGAUUUGCUUCAAAGUUUGAUAUUCAUUUUAUUGACCCAUUUGGAGUUUCCUUUGGAAAAGAAGGUGAUACAUUGAGUCUGGGUUCCACAGUCGUUGUUCACCCACAAAUAAAACGAUUCCAGCCAGAAAUUCAGUGGUACCGAAAUGGAGUUCUGGUCUCCCCCAACAAGUGGAUCAGUACGCACUGGAGUGGAGGACAUGCCACCCUGACUCUCAGACAUCUGAAUAAAGAAGAUGAAGGACUGUACACACUGCGGGUGGUGAUGGGAGAGUACUAUGAUCAGUACAGCGCAUAUGUGUUUGUCAGGGAUGCCGAGGCAGAAAUAUUUGGAGCUCCAGCUGCACCGUUGGAUGUGGAAUGCCUGGAUGCUAACAAGGACUAUGUGAUAAUCUCUUGGAAACAGCCGGCAGUAGAUGGUGGAAGUCCAAUACUGGGAUAUUUCAUUGACAGGUGUGAGGUUGGCACCAGCCACUGGACCCAGUGUAAUGACACACCUGUAAAGUUUGCCCGUUUUCCAGUGACAGGAUUAAUUGAAGGACGAUCUUACAUAUUCCGUGUGCGUGCUGUAAAUAAAACUGGAAUGAGCAGACCCUCCCGAGUGUCAGAGCCAGCAGCAGCUCUGGAUCCUGCCGACCGAGCCAGAAUCAGAAGUCGUCCCUCAGCUCCAUGGACCGGACAGAUCAUUGUGACUGAGGAAGAACCUACAGAAGGGGUUAUUCCUGGACAACCAUCUGAUCUCACUGUGACAGAAGCCACUAAAAACUAUGUGGUGCUCAGCUGGAAGCCACCUGGUCUACGUGGUCAUGAAGGUGUUAUGUAUUAUGUGGAAAAGAGUGUGGCUGGCACAGAGAACUGGCAGAGAGUCAAUACCGAGAUACCAGUCAAGUCUCCAAGAUUUGCUCUGUUUGAUCUGGCUGAGGGAAAGUCUUACAGCUUCAGAGUGCGAUCUUGCAAUUCUGCAGGAGUUGGAGAACCGUCAGAGGCUACUGAGGCUACGGUUGUAGGUGAUAAACUUGAUAUUCCUAAUGCUCCCAGCAAUAUUGUGCCCACAAGAAAUACAGACACUUCUGUGGUCAUUACAUGGACAGCAUCUAAGGAAUCCAGAGAGUUGGUGGGAUACUACAUCGAGGCCAGUAUCACAGGGUCAGACGUUUGGGAACCAUGCAACAACAACCCAGUGAAAGGCACUAGAUUUAUUUGCCAUGGUCUUCUCACUGGUGAAAAUUACAUCUUCCGGGUCCGGGCUGUGAAUGCAGCAGGACUCAGUGACUACUCCUCUGAUUCUGAGGCAAUAGAAGUUAAAGCUGCAAUUGCACCCCCCUCUGCACCUUACGACAUCACUGUUUUGGAGAGUGUCCGUGACUCUAUGGUUAUCGGAUGGAAGCAGCCCAAGAUUAGCGGUGGCGUGGACAUUAAAGGCUACUAUGUGAACUUCAGAGAGGUUGUGGAUGGCGUUGCAGGAAAAUGGCAUGAAGCUAAUAUCAAGGCCAUCAGUGAAAGAGCCUACAGGAUUUUGGAUUUGAAAGAAAACAAACUGUACCAAUAUCAGGUUGCUGCUUGUAAUUUGGCUGGAGUUGGAACACCAUCACAGCCAAGUAAAUCAUUCAAAUGUGAAGAGUGGACCAUUGCUGUGCCAGGACCUCCUCAUGAACUCAAUCUUACUGAGGUUAGAAGCAGCUCCCUGGUUUUGUUAUGGAAGACACCAGUCUACACGGGUCGUACCCCAGUUACUGGUUUUUAUGUGGACCUUAAAGAAGCAGAUGCACCAGAAGAGAGCUGGAGAAGUGUAAAUGAGAAACCAAUUCCAAAUACCUACAUCAAGGUCCAAAACUUGAAAGAUGGCACUCGUUAUGUGUUGAGAGUAAGGGCAGAGAAUCAGGCUGGUGUUGGCAAGACAUCUGAUUUGACAGAUCCUGUCCUUGCACAGACCAAACCAGGUACCAAAGAGGUAGUGGUGGAGGUGGAUGACUUUGGAGUCAUUUCAUUGAACUUUGAAUGUGAUCAGCUAACUCCUGACUCAAAGUUUGUGUGGUCCAAGAAUUAUGAACCAAUAGAAGAUGAUUCAUCAAGAGUAACUGUCGAGACCAAAGGUGGCAAGACAAAGGUCUCGUUCAAAGAUCCUUCAGAAGAAGACCUUGGCAUUUAUUCCUGUGUUGCUACUGAAACUGAUGGCAUUUCUUCCAGCUAUACAAUAGAUGAAGAAGAGCUUAAGCGUCUGUUGCAGCUGAGCCAUGACCACAAAUUCCCAAUUAUUCCUCUGAAAUCUGGCUUGGCUGUAGAGAUUCUUGAAAAGGGUCAAGUUCGCUUUUGGAUGCAGGCUGAGAAACUCUCCGCUGGUGCUAAAUGCAACUAUGUCUUCAAUAAUAAAGAGAUCCACCAAGGGGAUAAAUACAAGAUGAAUUUGGACAGUAAGACUGGCAUUGUCGAAAUGAUCAUGGAUAUACUGGAGGAUGAGGAUGAAGGAACGUUUACCUUCCAGCUCCAGGAUGGAAGAGCAACAAACCAGUCCAGUCUGGUUCUUAUUGGAGAGGUGUUUGAGAAACUACAAAGAGAAGCCAGAUUCCAGAGACAUGAAUAUAUACGGAAGCAAGGUCCUCAUUUUGUGGAGUACCUUGCAUGGGAAGUUACUCCUGAGUGCAAUGUUCUUCUGAAAAGUAAGGUAGCUAAUAUGAAGAAAGAAACCACAAUUACGUGGUAUAAAGAUGGCAUGGAGAUAAUGGAGGAUGAGAAACAUGACUUUAAGGAUGGAGUAUGUACAUUGCUCAUUACUGAGAUAACAAGGAAAGAUGCCGGUAUAUAUGAGUUGGUACUGAAAGACGACAGAGGAAAGGACAAGAGUGUACUCAAGCUUAUAGAUUCAGCAUUUGAUGAUCUCAUGAGUGCAGUUUGCAAACAGAUAGCCGAAUCUGCCACACAAGUCAAGAUCAUGAGCAAUGAGGAAGGCAUAAGACUAUAUUCAUUUGUAAACUACUUUGUGGAUGAUCUCAAACUCAGUUGGGUUCACAAUGAUGGCAAGAUUAAGUACACAGAGAGAGUUAAGAGCGGAGUCACUGGAGAGAUGAUGUGGCUACAGAUUAACGAACCCACACCAAAUGACAAGGGCAAAUAUGUCCUGGAAAUGUUUGAUGGAAAAACAACUCAUACUAAGGACGUCGACUUGUCUGGACAAGCUUUUGAUGAGGCCUAUGCCGAAUUCCAGAGGUUAAAGCAAGCUGCAAUAGCAGAAAAAAAUCGUGCAAGAGUUAUAGGAGGUUUGCCUGAUGUUGUAACUAUACAGGAAGGAAAGGCUCUUAACCUCACAUGCAAUAUCUGGGGAGACCCAGUGCCAGACGUCACAUGGCUGAAGAAUGAGAGAGAACUUAUUGGAGAUGACCAUUGCAUCCUUAAAUUUGAGUCUGGAAAGUAUGCCAGCUUCACUAUCACCACCGUUGCCCAAUCCGACUCUGGCAAAUACUGCAUUCGGGCAAAGAACAAAUAUGGCACUGAAACUAAUGAUUUUUGUGUAAGUGUGUUUAACCCAGAUGCUGAAGAAACAGAGGAGGAGGCUCAGCAUGAUACUAAGAAAAAGUAACUAGAUCGACUUUAAAGAUGGAGAAAUUAGGGAUGGUAGAAUGAUGUUAAGUGCUAUAAUCAUGUGCAAGAGCCACCUUUUCUCAAACCAGUUCUUUGGUCUUACAGUGAUCUACAAUACCACCUUAAACUAGCCCAUCACACUGAAUAGGUAACAUUUUGCUGUGAAUGAAGAUCCUAAAUACUAGACCAACUGAUUAGAAAAGAGGACUGUUUUGAGAAAAGAUCAUGUAUGUGAUAGACUCCACUCCUUUAACCUACCUCACUUCUACAUUGAAACAAAAUUGGAGCAGCUUAAAGUAUUUUCUUUUUCGCAUCUAUAGUGGGAAGAGCAAUUUUGUGCCUUGAGCCAAUAUUUUUGACAAUCCAGUCAAUUUGCACAAACUAUUAAUAUCAAUGGUGCUUUCUAAAUCCUUUAGUAAUCCUGUCCAGAAAAUGGAUAGGCAAAGUGGCUAAAAAACACAUGCAUACAAAAAAAAAUGGUUGAUUCUCAAUGAGUCCAUCGCUUUAUGUGUUAGUGAGCAUUUAAUAAAUUUGAGGUUCUACUGCUGCUUUAAUUGUUUAAUAUCAGUCACAAUUAUUAUACCAAUUAAUUCCCCCUAUUGAUAAACCAAUAAUAGCAGUAAAUACUCCAUCUUUCCACAGGCUUGCUUCACUUAUAACCUAAAAGGGAAUAACAGUCUUAUUUAACGAUGCUAUACCAUAUCCCAUUUUACUUCCAACUUGUUUUAGAACCACUGAUGUAUAUAGGUGUUCAAAAAUAUUUAUAAUUUAAAUAGUUUGAUGAUUUAUUGUAGUGGAAUAGAUUCACUCUAGCGUGGUGGUAAAAAAAGACAAAGGAGAAAAAAAAAAGGUUUGUUGUAGAAGAGGUAGGCUCUCCAAAUGUUUCCAAAUCCCAUCAAGAGGCGUAACAACGCUCUACUGGGCUCCAUGAAAUUAAAUUAUUCGGGACCCAAUACUACUAACCCUCUAUUUUUAAUAAUAUUAGUAUUUUUACACACACAAUGAAGCUAGGGUUUUUGAGGACAUCCGCCACCAAAAGCAUGCUUCCCUUAGACUGGGAUGGUAAUAGGAAGGGCUGUAGAUGUCCUCUUAGACUUUAACUACAUAGCCAACACUAAUGGUAGCAUGACAAUGGUAUUAUCCAGCAACACUAGCUGAUAUGUCUUUGUCAUGGCCCUUAUAAUACAGCUUUAUUACAGUCACAGAGACAUUAAGAUGAGGUGGGUGAAAGAACUGGAGUGGGGUAAAAGCUAGUGUCUAUGUUUUACUCUGGCAGUACACAACUGGCAAGACUUUGGAGGGUGGGAAUACAUGUAGAAUUACUCUACUGUGUAAAACCAUACUGUACUGUAAUACCACCACUUUUAUAUGUUGUCCAUUACUGUUCAUGUUCAUUUCUGUUGACUGUCACUAAUAAACAGAGCACAUAUUUUCAUCUCUACCUCCA